GGGACUUUUAUUGUGAAAUGCGGAGCGGCGUGUAAACAGCGGUGCGGCUGCUUCACUGCUGCUGAGAGGAGCCAUGUCGAUGGAGGACCCGUUCUUCGUGGUUAAAGGGGAGGUGCAGAAGGCCCUCUCCAGAGCACGGGGGCUAUUCCAGAGGUGGGAGGAGCUCCUGCAGGAGGACACGCCUAUCAGUCGAGAUGAACUAGACUGGAGCACCAAUGAACUGAGGAACUGCCUGAGGGCCAUCGACUGGGACCUGGAGGACCUGCAUGAGACCAUCAGCAUUGUGGAGUCUAACCCUGGGAAGUUCCGUCUGGGGGAGAAUGAGCUGCAGGAGAGGCGUGAUUUUGUGGAGAGGACGCGGAAGGCUGUUCAGGAGAUGAAGGAGCAGCUUUCCAGUCCCUCUGCUGUAGCGCAGGCAGAGAAAAAGAACAGACAGGCACUGAUGAGUGGUCCAUCACAGCCACGGCAUGCAGGUCUGGAGCCUCACCUGGUAUCUGCCAACUCCAGAUACAUCCAGGAGCAGCAGGAGCAGCAGCAGCUGAUCAUGCAGGAGCAGGACGAGCAUUUGGAGCUGGUGACAGGCAGCAUCCGCGUUUUAAAGGACAUGUCCAACAGGAUAGGAGACGAGCUGGACGAGCAGUCUGUGAUGUUGGGGGAGUUCAGUGAGGAGAUGGAGCAGACCAGUUCCAGGAUGGAUUCGGUGUUAAAGAAAUUGGAGAAAGUGUCGCACAUGACCAGCAGUAGGAGGCAGUGGUGUGCUAUUGGCGCUCUGGUCAUCAUCCUGAUUGUGGUCCUCAUUCUGUUUUUCGCGCUUUGAGCGUCCCCUGCUGGACCUGCCUGGCUUUUUCACAUUCUGCCUGUAUACUCCCUGCCCCCAUACACUGCCCUGUGCUGCUUGGGGGGGCUUCAGAGACAGGAGGAAGCUCCUUAUAACCCCUCCUCCGUCCUCCAUCACCCAGCGCUAUUAGGGCUAAAGUCUUUAACAAUCUGUACUUCUUACUAUUUUUUUCUCUUUCUUUCUUUCUUUCUGUCUAUCUGUCUCUCUCUAAUGCUGAAUUGACUCCUGUAUGCUAAUCCGAUGGAGUUGAUUGGUUGGCGGUUAUUUUAUUAUUAUUAUUAAUCAUUUUUAUAGUGCAAUUCCAUUGUUGUAUCUAUGGGUGGGAGGGUUGCAGGGAGGUAAUGCUGCCUUAUUGUAUUUUUAUACUGGUGUGGUUCACAAUGCUGUACGCAAAUGACGUAAAAUAGCAGUUUGAGCACAGAUAUGAGCAGCAGUGAAUCGUGCAGACUUUUAUUGUGUAAAUGUUUUGAUUAAUAAGCAAGCUCACUAACCCGUGGUAUUAGUCCUAGUAUUAGGACUUUGGUACGGCUUUGUAUGUGUAUUAAAACACAGCCAAACACUG